GUGCCUCUCGCUCAGUCCGGGGCGGCCGCGCGGGCGCUGCGGCUCUGAGGGAGCGCUUGGCUCUCUUGCGCUGUAGGUCGGGGUGACGCCGCCAUGGGCCGUAAGAAGAAGAAGCAGCUGAAGCCUUGGUGCUGGUAUUGUAAUAGGGAUUUUGAUGAUGAGAAAAUCCUUAUACAGCAUCAAAAAGCGAAGCACUUUAAAUGCCAUAUAUGUCAUAAGAAACUGUAUACAGGACCUGGUUUAGCUAUACACUGCAUGCAGGUACAUAAAGAAACAAUAGAUGCUGUUCCAAAUGCUAUUCCUGGAAGAACAGACAUUGAACUGGAAAUCUAUGGAAUGGAAGGCAUUCCAGAAAAAGAUAUGGAGGAACGGAGGAGGUUACUUGAACAAAAAACUCAGGAGAGCCAGAAAAAGAAACAACAGGAUGAUUCUGAUGAGUAUGAAGAUGAUGAAUCUGCAGCUUCAACUUCAUUUCAACCCCAGCAAGUUCAGCCACAGCAGGGGUACAUUCCCCCAAUGGCACAGCCAGGUUUGCCUCCUGUGCCAGGUGCACCAGGGAUGCCUCCAGGUAUACCCCCAUUAAUGGCAGGUGUUCCACCUAUGAUGCCUGGAAUGCCUCCUGUUAUGCCUGGAAUGCCACCUGGGAUGAUGCCAAUGGGUGGAAUGAUGCCUCCUGGGCCAGGAAUCCCACCUCUUAUGCCUGGUAUGCCACCAGGUAGGUCAGGGUUGUCGAACUCGUACUAUGGGAUGCCCCCGCCUGUUGGGCCUCGGCCUGGCAUGCCUCCAAUGACACAAGCACAGCCUGUUACAGCCCCGGGCAUUCUGAACCGGCCUCCUGCUCCUGCUGCUACAGCCCCGACCCCACAGCCUCCAGUUACUAAACCACUCUUCCCAAGCGCGGGGCAGGCUGCAGCAGCUGUGCCAGGGCCAGUUGGUACUGAUUUCAAACCUUUGAAUUCUACACCUGCAACAACAACGGAGCCCCCCAAACCAACAUUCCCUGCUUACACACAGUCUACAGCCUCAACCACUAGCACAACAAAUAGCACUGCAGCUAAACCAGCUGCAUCUAUCACAAGUAAGCCUGCUACCCUCACAACAACCAGUGCAACCAGUAAGUUGAUCCAUCCAGAUGAGGAUAUAUCACUGGAAGAGAGAAGGGCACAGUUGCCUAAAUACCAGCGCAAUCUUCCUCGACCGGGCCAGGCUGCGCUGGGUAAUCCACCGGUUGGACCAAUUGGAGGUAUGAUGCCACCUCAGCCAGGAAUUCCUCCACAACAACAAGGAAUGAGACCUCCCAUGCCACCUCAUGGUCAGUAUGGUGCUCAUCACCAGGGCAUGCCAGGAUAUCUUCCUGGAGCAAUGCCUCCAUAUGGUCAGGGACCUCCGAUGGUGCCCCCAUACCAGAGUGGACCUCCUCGCCCUCCGAUGGGAAUGAGACCUCCCGUAAUGUCACAAGGCGGCCGCUACUGAUGCUCCUACUCACACUCUAAUAGGUUUUUAGAAGUGAAGUAUAGUAAAUAUGGUUCGUUAAAUUGUGAAGGCGCUGGAAUUACAUGAACAUACCACCUUAAAGGCAAGUUCUGUAAUGUUAUGUUGCUAUUUGUGAAAUGAUGCCUUCACAGCACUUCAAGUGCUGUUGGACUUCAUGUCCCCAACAUAGUUUGGUGAGGGCUGUAACUGUUCCCAACUACUUGUACAUUAAAGUCUGAACUUGUAACAAUAUUUAAUGUAUUUAGAGUUCCUCCUGUUCCAGGGUUUAAGUAAACUGACCCACUAAGGUCAUGUGACUUUUCUGUACUGUUAUAAACUUCAUUGUAAUAAAAGAGGAGAAAAAUUUAUAUGCCUUUUUAUUCGUGACCAGCUGUGGACAACUGCCUGAAAGGUUUGUACAGAUGCAUGCCGUGGUAGCCAUUGGUGUAAUGAACACAGUUAUUGGUGCUGUUUUGAUAAAGUCUGAAUUCCUUGUUCUAAAAAAUCACUCCUUAGCUGUAUGUCUGAGUAGACAAAGACCUGUACACUUAUUAACUGACUCCUCAAAACUGAGGCUGCAGGAGGCACAUCCUAACUCUUGAUUGUAACGUCUCUUAAUGCUUAUCUUUCUUUAUUUGUGCUUUCUUGUCCUCAAUAAAUUUUAAAUGAUUUCUAGUCUUGCUAGAAAUCUACACUUGCUUGUAGGAUGUGAAAGUGCUCUGAGAUACAUCCUAGUGCCAAGGUAUGUCCCAUUAGUUCACUCUGCAACUGAUGCUUUUUAAUGUGCAAAUGGAGGUGAAUUUUAGGAGCCUUUUAGGUGAACAUUUCUAGAAGCUUAGGUGCAUGGCACAUGGGUGAGUGACUUCCAGUUGAUGUAUUGAAGUUGACCUGCAAAAGAGAAAUAGUAGCUUAACCCUCUUAAUGCACAGAAGAGUCAAAGCAGGCAAGAGUAAUGUAUUACAUGCUAUGUUUUUACUUUAAAUGUUCAGAAUUUCAUGUUUUGACAGUCUCUGAAAGGUGAACCAUUUGUAACCAUCUGUUGUGUGCUAUGAUCAGAUGUUGUCUUGAGUUUUCUUGAGCCAUUCAGUGAAAGUUUCUGGACUAAGAGACCUUUUUAUCCAAGAGAGGUCUUCCCUCUAUGAAUUAGCCAUUUCUCUGUUUAUAGGAGCAGAGCAACAAGUUCCUCUUAAGGUUCUAAUUAAGUCUGACAUCAUUUGUUCCUGUGUUAUACCUCUGAUGAGUAUGUAGAAGGAGAGUUUUUGAAGGGGAGGGAAGUGAGAGCAUCUUUAGCCUCUUCUCAAUAGGGAAAAGAGUGGUGAAUUUCUCAUUUGCAGGUCAACUUUAAAUACAUGUGCCAGCCUCAAGCCUUAUCUGCAGUUUAAUUAAUGGGGAUAUCCCUUCCAUAGGGUAGGGUUAGAAGGAUUAUCAACAUUUUUGUGUCAUUAUAUUCAUAGAUGUUUUUGUAGAUGGUGGAAACUUUUCAUUAAUUAUAAUACUGAGCAUUACUGCUCUGUUUCCUGAAAGUCUUGGGGUUUUUUAGCUGCACUAAAGUACUUCAUGUGACUUCAUUCUGUACUGUCUCUUAUAAGUGCAAAAAUACAGUACAGCUGAAAAACUACAGUGUCUCAGCUUUUGACCUGUGGUGACAGAAUGUCUCAAAAGCACCAGAGCGUCCAGUGCAGCCUAGUUACAGCUGAAUGGCUGUAGGUUAACCAUUAAGAAUUGCCAGCACUUUUUUCUGAAGUGUUUGGCAGUUUUAGGACCAUAACUCCAAGCCUCUGUUGAGAAGCAGAUCUCUCUAAUCACUGGUAUCUACUGCUCACUGUCAGAUGUGCAGUAUUUGGCUUGCAAAUGUGCUGAGUGGGCCUUGAUGUCAAUUUUUUUGUUAGCUCUUCAUCUUGCUUUAGGCAUAAGUCUGACAGUAAAACUUGUUUUGCUCAGGCAACACUUUAAUAUUCUGGUUUUCUUCUGUUUACCUAAUUAGGAUAAUUGCAAAAUACUGAAGAAAUUUUUGAUGUCUUAUAUUUAUAUUACUCAUAAAAUUCGUAUAUUAUAAAGUGAUCUUAACUACUGCUUGUAAAACUAUAAAACUUCUUGCUUUUUCUGAGGAUCAUACUGCUGCUCUAAGGAUGCUUUGCCCUUCUGCCCCAGUCAAGUAAAUCCCAUCUCCCUUUGGUGUCUUUCUCUAAUUUUCCUUAUGUUGUUUUCAGACCCCUGCUUUUCCUGGGAUGAAACCUUAUUGCAUGCACUGUUAACUCAGCAUAUUCUGCAAGUUGUAUUAAUUAAGUUUCACUCUUUUAAACGGUGAAUGUCUCAUUCUGAUAAUGGUACCAUUUUGUAGCUAAUACUGCAUAGACUUCAAGCUUGAAUGCAUUUUGAAAACGAUCUUUCUUUAGUAUAAUGUUAUGAAAAUCCUUUGAGCAAGUACU